UUUGACGUCUACUUGGCAAUUUUGACAUAUUUUCUCACUCCUUAUUUUCAGUUUGUACAAAAAUAAAUAAUGAUAAAUUAAUGUAUAAAAAAACUGAAAAGCACAGUGCUUAGAAAAAUUAUAGAGAAUGAACAGUUAUUUGUUUAUUGGCUUUUUUAUUACUUUAUUAUACACCUACAAUGAAGCGACUCUCAAAACUUCAGAUGUUCGCAAUUAUUUGGGAACACGCACACCGUACAGGUUUAGAGGCAACAAGAACGACUCCAGGAUUAAAUUUCCACAUUGCAAAGAUUCAAAAAUAUGGAUGAUAAUUCGACAUGGUACAAGACUGCCCCGGGACACAGAUAUAAUAAAAAUGAAUACCACACUUAAAGAUUUAAAAUAUGAGAUACUUUUAAAUAACAAACUCGGAAAUGGUGAACUCACUGAUGAACAAAUAAAAAACUUUGAGCAAUGGUCUACAGACAUAAACUUAGAACAUGAGAGAUUUUUGACACUGGAGGGACAGGAUGAAAUGAUACUUCUUGCUGAGAGAAUGCAGAAUAGAUUUCCGGGAGCGAUAAAACGAAAAUAUAAUAAUGCUACAUUCUUGUUUCGCUACACAGCUACACAGAGAGCACAGCAGAGCGCCAGAUAUUUUGCUAAUGGUUUAUUUGAUAAGAAAGACUCACAAGAUGUGAUAUUUUCACCGGCAACAAAAGUUGAUACAGUGUUAAGAUUUUACCAACAUUGUGACAAGUGGCAAAAGCAAGUUAAGAAAAAUCCGAAUACAUACACGGAACAGAUAUUGUUUGGUGUUAGUGAUGAGAUGAAUAAGACUUUGGAACGCGUGUCCAAUCGGUUGGGUCUCAGUAGUGUGCUAAGUUUAGAUAAGGUGAUUUUAAUGUACAAGACUUGCGGAUAUGAAACUUCAUGGAGUAAGCAUUUAGCAUCGCCAUGGUGUUCCGUAUUUGACCGUGCUAGUGCUGAGGUUUUAGAAUAUUACCAUGACCUCAAACACUAUUGGCUGGAUGGCUACGGCCAUGAUUUAACGUACCGCCAGGCGUGUGUGUCAAUUAACAAUAUGCUAGAAAUGUUCAGCAAUAAAGAAGGGCCGAAUGCAACAUUUCUGUUUGCCCAUUCUGGCACAGUAUUGAAAAUACUCACGCAUUUGGGUUUGUUCAAACCAAAGGAUCACUUAAGAGGUAAUGCAGUUAUGAAGGAAAGACCUUGGAGGACAUCUCAUAUUGACUGCUUUGCUGCUAAUUUAGCUUUUGUACUGUAUAGGUGUAAAGACGGUGACCACGUGUUGACAUUACAUCAAGAACGUGUAAUCAAAUUACCAAUGUGCGGAAAAGAGCUCUGCCCAUUGAAAGAGUUAAGGAAAAAGUUCAAAGAUACAAUUUACAACUGCAACUUUACAGAUAUGUGUAGUCUUGUGAGAGAUGAACUGUAAUUGAGUAUUAUAAUAUAAUUCUCAGAUGAUCGCGUGUAAUUCAUUGUAUUAUUAAAUUUUGACGUGACACCAUUGAA